ACUUCCGGGAAAUUUUGAUAAACAGUAAUAAACACCAGUUUCUCAACAAUAGCCUGGAUGCUAACCUGUUGUAAUUAGAAGCUAUAGACCCAACUCGGCGUUCUCAUCCAAGACAACGUAAUUCUCAGUUGGCCUAUGAUGUUAAGUGAUAUUUAAGAUACUAUAGAUCCAUCUAUUUGGACUCUGCUGCAGCACCAGAUUACUAGUUAACAUAUUUGAGUCCUUUCAGUUUGUAAGCGCUCUAAGGACACAGGACCAUCAUAUAAUAGUACUGACUGCCUCUAUACAUAUUCUGUCAAGAUAAGAGAUUUAAAAUGAACGAGACAACUGAUGAUGGCCAUGUGCCAGGCAACAGUUCUGAGAUCUCGGUUCCAACAUCCGCAUCAAUGAUACCUGGCAACAGUACAGAGUACCCGCCGAUUCCGUUUCAUGAUCUCACCAUCCCACCAUGUCAGUGGAUCCUGUAUGCAGAUAUAAAUGACUCGGGGGUGAGAGUAUGGGACCUGAUCAUCCUGGUGCCCAACAGCCUGUUCCUCCUGUUCCUGUGUCUGCGAAUGCGGCCGGCCAUUGCCAAGUUAAAAGCCUCCAACAGUCCUAUUUUCACAGCAUUUUACGCACUGGUGUUUAUCGUGUCUCUCGUUGGGGUCGUGAGGUGCAUCGUGUCCAUGACAGUCAACGCCUCCACUGCUGCUGGUGAUGUCACAGACAAGGUUCUCUGGCUGCUUCUGAAAUUUUUCCUCCUGGCCACAGAAUUGUCAGUCAUCAUCUUUGGUCUUGGUUUUGGUCACCUGGACAGUCGCACCAGCAUUCGACGUGUGCUUAUUGUCACUUUCAGCUUUGCCCUGGUUUACUCUGCGAUUCAGUGCAUCUUGGAGUUGGAAUACGACCACCCAAGUUUCACAGGGAAAUCUUCUGGUAAAGGAAACAGUACAGGGGACAUCAGCUAUGACUUGUUUGCUCACGGGGGCAUGAUCUUUUUGUUCUCAACUUCAAUUUUCUUUUUCCUGAUCUAUUCCAUCAUCACCGUGCUGCCCUUCACCAGGAUCAGGGAGAGAUUUCACCUUCCAACCAAAAUACUUUUCUACGUUUACUGCAUCGUACUCGCGGCCUUGAAUCUGAGCCAAGCAGUGGCCAGCAUACUACUCUACAUGAUGAAUGCACCCAGCUUGUGUGUUAUCGAUGUCACAUCAUACGCAUACUUUUCUCUCUACAACCCGUUGGUGUAUGGAGUGUUCCUGUGGAAAUUUUUCGAAACUGCUCAGACUGGCCUCCAGUUCUCUUACAAGUCUCAGGACGACGAAGUAGAUGAGGACCAGCUGAGCCUCCCGUAUAGCACAGCAGUGCACAAAAAUGAAGACCACGCUCCCAUCUUCUCAUACGACAGCACGCACUUUGACGUACAAUACAGCCGCAGCAACAGCUUCGGCUCCAACACCACGGCCAUCCCCAGUCUGUCGGUGAACAGCGACUUCAACUCCAGUGCAAACAUGUCCACGUAGAGACACACUGGUCUAGGCUCACUUUCACCCCAUACUCCUUCAGUCGGUUCUGCCAAAGAUUGUGCAUUUUGAGAUGAAUUGCCUUUGCAUUUUUGCAAAAUGGGUUGGUACAGAAGUGAGAUGGAUUACGAUAGGAUUUUUGCAAAAUGAGUUGGUACAAAAAUGAGAUGAGUUACCUAAGCAUUUUUUGAAAAAUGUGUUGGCACAUAAAUAACAUCUGUUAGGGGAUAUAACUGAGAUUAUGGAGCAACACUGACUGGUGGGUGCUUUCCUGCUGCCGGGGCUUCAUUCCUUUGAUGUUGAUUGUUGUGCGGACAAGGAAGAAAGACUGAAGAAUAAUCAAUCUUCGUAUUCAUGAUCUUUGUGCAUACUCCAUACUCCAUCUGUCAAUUCUGCUUCCAUACUCUCGCCAUCUGGCUCUCGCUUACUCACUGAAACGAGGAGAAAGAUUGUCCUUGCCAGAUUCAGUCAUCAUAAUUAGGGUACAGUCAUACUCAACUCUCAAAGGCGAAGGACAAUAGGAGAACUGAGAAACAACUAAAAGUGUGUGCAGUUAUUUAUUCACAAAAAGUAAUUUUUAGUAACUGAACCUUGUGGUGGCGAGCAUACAAUAAAUGUCUCUCCAGUCCUCCCCCACA